AUGCACGAGGAGCCCAUCGACCGCUCUCGCGACCUGUGGAUUGAGAGAAAACGCAGACUCGAGCAAGAAGAAGCCGCUCGUAGGGACGAACUGCUCGACCCACGCUACAGAUCCUCCCACGACCCUUCAAGCCGCUACAGCCCCUCGCGCCAGGCUCAGCACGAGCCAAGGUACGCACAACCGCUGCCUCCUUCCGCCAUCCCCUCCCAAUCCAUCGCCGCACGCCAAGCCGCAACUCCACGAUCCCAACUGCCCGUCAACGGCUCCUCCCUCGCCGACGAAGAUCAAGCCAUGCGCGACGACCCUGCUGCAAGCGCGCUCAAACGCAGACGCCUCGGCGAAGCCCUCGAUCGCGACGAUCGACGACGCGAAGAGCCCGUCUCCGGCGGACGCUCCCCGCCUUUCCGCAGAGCCGAUGGCGCUCUUCACUCGGGCAACCGCUUCCUCGACGAGCGCGACGCCUACGCCGACGACCUGCGCUCGCCACACAACCCUCCUUACACCAGCCGCUCCAACGGUGGCCUCUCCCCCUUUGAAAGGUCCGCACAUAGCCCAGCCUCGGGCGGCGGCCCCUUGCCCCCCAUGCAGGACGCGCAUCGUCCCUCGGUAUUCUCCUCUUCCAGCUACGACGACGGUCCAGACCACUCCUCCUCCAUGCCUGGUCUCGCACGAAGGAGGGGCGACGCAGCCCAGGCCAAGGCGAGCCGUCUCCACAUUGACACGGGCAACGGCUCGUCCUUCGAGGCCGCCGCUCUCGUCAAGUCGUCCAGCGGCAUUGCCAAGAGCGCGCCGCCACAAAAGCUCUCGUUUGGCUUUGACAGUCGCGACCAUCCCAUGCCCCAGGACCAGGCUCCGCGCGAAUCCAACCUGCGUCCCGGACAUGCCGCGCAGCUGGCCCAGCAGCCCUCGCCUCAUCCGCGAUCCGAACAGCACCAGCAGCAGCCCCCGCAGCGCCUGGUCUCGGGCUCGCGCGAGGCUUUGGAGCCCUUCCGCCGCGACGAGCGCGAAGAACUGAUCGGCCACCGCGACGGCCGCAUGCCCGACAUGCCGCACACCGCCAAUCCACUGGCGCGCCAACCUCCGUCGUCGCGUCUGGCCGGUGGCCAUGUGCCUCAGACGGCCACGCUGCCCUCUCCCGCCUAUCACACCACCCAAUUCGCACGAGGCCAUGCAGGCGGACGCCAGGCAUACAAUCCUCCGCCCACCGCCCGCCUCCCUGACCACCUGCGCUCGCCGCCAGCGUCCAAAGCGCACUUUCUCUCGCUCUUUUCCGACUUUUACGACUCGCUCCACGACAGCAGGACGCUCAAGGCGACUCUCGAGGACCAGAUCAAGCGCUCCAACACGCUUCUUCAGACGCUCCAGUCCAGCCGUCGUGUGCUUGAGGAGACGGUCGAGCGUCGCGUGCGAGAGGAGCGCGUGCUGUGGGAAGGUCGCGUUCGCGGCUUGGAGGCGCGCGUGCGUGAGCUCGAAGCCAAGACCGGCACCGCCGACUACGACGACGUGCCUUCGCGUCCGGCAAAUUCCCAUGCCGAGGCAUCCUCCAAGCCGGCCGCCAACGCCUCCACCGCUGCCGCGCCCAAGUCGGCUGUCACGCCAGAUGCUGGCGACGAGUCGCCCGAGGCUCGCGAACGUGCUCGCUCGUCCGCGUCGGCAGCCGAGGCCAAAAAGUCGGCGGCGCCCAAGGACGAUCCCGAGGGCGACGAGCUGCUCGACGACUGA